GGCGGUCCCCUUCCGCACCUCCACCCAGGAGUCACUGCGGAGGAUGAGCUCAGCUGUCUGCCUGUUAUGAUUAUGUCGCCAACACCCAAACACUGUGCGGCAAAACAGGCGAGUGGCGCUGAGCAUCGCGUCUAAUGAACGAGUGCGCAGGAAGAGCCAUGAGUCACGCAUGAGGUGCGCAGGAUGUCUUUCAAGAAGGAAACACCCCUGGCUAAUGCUGUGUUUUGGGCAGCGAGGAAGGGGAACUUGGCUCUGCUGCAGCUGCUGCUCAACAGUGGCCGUGUGGACGCCGACUGCAGAGACAGUGUACGGACGCUGCAUGUCCCGGCUGCUCAGCUGCACGCUUUAGCCAUAAGCCACCUGUGUAUGGAACCACGGCGCUGAUGGUGGCAUCGUACAGCGGACAUUAUGAGUGUGUCAAAGAACUUAUCAUGCAAGGAGCUGACAUCAACUACCAGAGAGAGCCGUGUCUAUUUUUAUCUUUGCAGACUGGUUCUACCGCCCUGUUCUUCGCCUCACAACAGGGACACUGUGACGUUGUGAAGCUCCUCUUUGAAUUCGGUGCCUCCACUGAAUUCCACACGAAGGACGGCGGCACGGCGCUAACCGUCGCCUCUCAGUACGGUCACUCCAAGGUGGUGGACACCCUGCUGAAGAAUGGAGCCAACGUUCAUGACCAGCUGAAUGAUGGUGCCACCUCUCUUUUCCUUGCUGCCCAAGAGGGUCAUGUGACUGUGAUUCGUCAGCUGCUUUCAUCUGGUGCCAAAGUUAACCAAGCAAGAGAGGAUGGCACUGCCCCCCUGUGGAUGGCAGCUCAGAUGGGUCACAGUGAGGCGGUGAAGGUGCUGCUUCUACGUGGUGCAGACCGAGAUGCCGACAGACAAGAUGGAUCAACAGCCUUAUUCAAAGCAGCUUUGAAAGGACACAACAGCGUCAUCGAAGAACUCCUCAAGUUUUCUCCUUCACUUGGCCUUCUCAAGAAUGGCUCUACUGCCCUGCAUGCUGCAGUUGUUGGAGGAAAUCUUCGAAGUAUUCUGCUGCUGCUUGGUGCUAACGCAGACCCCACACUAGCCAACAAGAAUAACGAACUCCCUGCAGAUCUUACAAAAAGCGAUCGCAUCCUUAAGCUUUUACAUCCGAAAAUCUCAAAUGGAAACAGCUGAUGACAGCCCAGACUCCUGCUUUCAUGCCUGCCUGUAAAACACUGUUGAUGUGUACUGAGAGGAAAAGACAACAGCGGUGUCAAAUCUACUCAAUUACAACAUGUACUGCACACAGUGCUUGCUUUAGAUUGCAGCUAAAAAUGAAAACUGUCAUAUGCUGAACAAACCUGGAUUAAGUAACACAAUAUAAAUUUGUCUGCCAUAUGCAUCAUUUAAUUUACGCUGUUGUUCUACAUUUAUUUUGUUUACCCUGGGUGUUGUAAGAUUUCUAGAUAUUUUGCACAAUAUUUAUUUGCCUUCUUAAAUAAAUGUAAUAAAGUGUCAUUUAAUUUAUUAAUGAA